GUAAGUGAAGUCUCCCUUGCCUUCUUUCCCAUCCUCUACUGAACUCAUCCCUUCCUCGUUCUGGGCCCCAGGUUUGGCAACACUCUCACCGGUUCUUGAAGAAAGAUGGAUGCAGUGUCCCUGUUUGGCUGUUUCUGGUUAACUCUCUCCAUCAUCAACUCUGGGACUGGGGCUCCCCCGACCACCGUGAACGGAACUCGGGGACACUCGGUCUCCUUACCUCCUGGGAUCCCAGUCGGACCGGACGAUGCUGAGGUUUGGUGGAAUCGGGUAUCACCCAGAAUCAUGAUAGUGAAGUACUGGAAGGGUAACGUUAGCUAUUUCGGUCCUGAGGAGUACAAGCGACGGAUAACCUUUCAUCCUGGGGACUUCAGUCUGGAAAUCCAUGAUCUACGGAGAGAGGACUCUGGUGAUUAUGAGGUGAUGUUUGCAGCAGCAGUUUCAGGAGCUGAAAAUAAAACAACAAUGCGACUGGAGGUGUACGACCCAGAGCCGGUGUCAGGAACACACAUCACAGUUCAGAACAUCACUGGGACCUGUGAGCUCACCCUGACCUGUUCUGUGACCUCUGGUGACCACACCAGCUUCAGAUGGUGGAGGGGAAGAGAAGCUGUGGUGAACGACAGAACCCAUCACCUCUGGGGACACGGAGAGACACUGAAGGUUCAUCACAGCGCAGAGAGAGAAGCUGUUGUGUACAGAUGUGAGGCCAGGAACUCCGUCAGUGUGGACACAGCUCAGAUCCAGCUGGGGGAUUUCUGUAAACUGGACAAGUCUGCAGAGAGAAGCUGUCUCUGUGGAUGUCGGCUGAGGGCCACAAUCAUUGCCGUCCUGCUCCUGAUUCUCCUCUCAGUCACAGUCGCCGUACACAUCAUCAGCUCCCGUCCAGGCACCAGAGCAGAAGGCAGACUCCACAAGGCCGAAUGACUCCCCGUCACCUCGUCCCUUCUCCCCAUCCCCAUCAUGCUCUUCCUCUCCACUCCUCCCUCCUCAUUCCUCUCCUCCCCUUCCUUCCCUUUCCCUACCUGCCUCUCCUGUCUCCUGUUCUGACCCCCCACCACCACACACAGAUGGGUGGGUCGGUUGAAUGGAAGGCAGAGGGGAUGAGGUACGGAAUACGGAGGGAGGAAGGCAGAGGGAUAGUUGGGGGUGGACAGUGGAGGAAGGGAUGUCAAAGGUCAGAGGGACGGAGAGGAGGCAGGAGAGUGGAGAGGAGGGAAAGGUACGGAGUGUGGAUGGGGAGAGGUGUGAGGAUACUCGGAGUGAUCGAAGGGGCAAGAGAAGGA